AUGGCAGGCAAGGAACUGGCCCGCAAAUUCAACAUUUCUGAAGGCCAGGUAAGCAAGGUGUUUGUUACGUGGAUCAAGUUGCUCCAGCGACAGUUAAGGGUACUGUUACUGUCUCCGACAGUUGCUGAAAUUCAGCCCAGCCUCUCUAACGCCUUCCACAAGUUUUCUAACACGAGGGCUGUCCUUGAUGGAACCGAGGUACGUAUCCAGAAGCCGUCGUUGUUGCUUGCUCAGAGGCAGACCUCGCCCUACAAACACUACAACACCUACAAAGCGGUUGUUGGAUGUACACCUGAAGGGUACAUUUGCCAUAUUUCAGAACUGUGGGGUGGGACUGUGUCAGACAUAAUUAUAGUUGAGGAGAGUGUGCUCAUGUAUCAGUUGGAGUCAGGUGAUGCCAUCAUGGUAGACAAGGGAUUCAAAUUUAAUAGCCUACCACCUGGAGUGCAAGUGCACAUUACGUGUUUCAGGCAGCCGAACGAACCUCAGAUGCCGGAGGAAGAUGUGGCACACACCAAGCAGGUGGCCAGUGCACGUUUAGUUAUUGAACGCGCCAUCGGAAGGAUUAAGCAAUUUCACUUCCUCGAUCGACCCUUCCCCAUUUCCAUGAUAGAUAUUGAAGAUGACGCGUUUCAGGCUUGUUGUUUUUUAAGCAACUUUCGUAUGCCGCUCAGCCGUGCCGAGUAG